UUACCAGAAAUGGAAACCGCGAAACCUUUGGGAAUGUUUAACCACAAUGUGUCGAUUCUAGACCUGGACAGCGCUGCGAUAAACAACGUCUACAUUCGGGAGGACUCCGAUGUUUUCAGCGUCACCGUGGCCGUCUUGUACCUGGCCGUGUGCGUCGUGGGAUUGGCCGGGAACUCGCUGGUCAUCGUCACCGUUCUGAAACUGGACAAAAUGUCUUCGUCGACCACCGUCUACAUUUUCAACUUGGCUUUGGCGGACGGCCUCUUCAUGGUGGGACUCCCGUUCUUCGCCAUCCAAAACUUCCAGGACCAGUGGAUCUUCGGAGAAGCCGUCUGUAAGCUGGUGAUGGUUCUGGAUGGCAUCAAUCAGUUCACAAGCGUGUUCCUCUUAACGGUGAUGAGUGUUGAUCGUUAUAUGGCUCUUGUAGACCCGGUGCGCUUCGCUCGUUGGCGGACGCCUCGACGUGCGAAGAUCAUCGCCACAUUAAUGUGGUUCAUCUCUCUGUUUCCAGUGCUUCCGAUGGCUAUACAGUUUUCCGCCAGCUAUGGUUUGUGCACCAUUGACCCUCAUAUUGCAUCUGACUCCUGGUGGUUGGCUUUUCUUAGCUACACAUUCGUACUGGGCUUCGCCUUGCCGUUCACCGUAAUGAUCGUGUUUUACACGGCACUUCUAGUGACUCUGAGAAACGCCAGAGAGCAAACGUCUUCACUGGAAAGUCACAGGUUUGAGACACAGGUUACUAAGAUGGUAGUGGCGGUUGUUUUGGUGUUUGGCAUCUGCUGGAUGCCGUUCUACGUCUUUAACUUUUGCUCUCUUCACCGAAUUGACCUGGUGCUUGAUUUCACGCGUGGCUUUGAGUUUGUGGUGCUGCUGUCGUACUCUUGGAGCUGCGCCAAUCCAAUACUGUACGCAUGUCUGUCGGAAACCUUUCGAAGGCAUUUCCACGCCCUCCUCUGUCCUCACAAGAGCUCUCGGACUCACUUUGACAGAGACACCGAGGGGUUUGUCUUGCAUGACACUAAUGCACAAAGCAUGCAAGCUUAAUACAUCUCUGUGUAUAUCUAAAUAUUUAGAAGGGUUCGUGUUCAUGCAAUGCAUACCCACACUGCAAACAAUCAAUCUUUGCUUGCCACAUUUUGCGAGUACCCUUCAAAUUAUGAGUCUCUGAGAUUGCUUUUGCUUCUGUGCAAUAGAGAAAAAGACUUGAGCAGACUGAGUCAUCAUCAUAAGUGGUGGGUGGAAGUCAAUAACUCACCUUAUGGUGCAGAAACGCUCUUUUUGCACAAAGAAAAGUUGCUUGCUUUCCAUGCAGAAGAAGGGAAGGUGUUGUGAGGAUGAUUAUGCCAUUUCUGCUCUUCUGUACAACUGCUGAGCGUGGACUUCAGGAUGAUGUCACGGUUGUCAUGGCAUCCGGCUCGGACCAAAUAUUUGAGGACUUUUGUUUGACUGUUGCCGAAUGACACAUGAAAAAAGAAUGUGUCUGUGAAUCUGUUCGAAAUUAGUUGAUAAAUUAGAUGGUAAUGGACAACACUGGUUUAAAUGAACAUGUGUUAUUAAUUAUAUAUACACACUAUAUUUACACAGGGUAUUGUAUACAUAUAUAUGUAUCAUUAUUAUUAUUAUUAUUUUGGUUCUACAGGAUGCAAAACCAAGAAACCAGAAGUAAUUAUGCUUUGUAAUAUAUUCAGAACUUAUAAUUAGAAAUCAACAAUUUACCUUUGUUUUCUGCUUAUCACAUUAUUUUGCCAAUUUUUAUGUUUUAUGCCAAUAUUUUACUUUAUUGCAUGUAUGGAACGCUUGCAUAUAAUCAUCCAAAAAUAUAGAUGUUUACUCUCUACAGAUGUAAACUAUCAUUGCUCAUAAACA